ACAUUCUUCAUUGAGUGCGGACAGAAGACACAUAACAGGGCGCUCACAGUGAUACCAGACCCCCCCCCCUCCCUGUCAUUCUUAGUCACGGACAAUAAAGCUUGUUGAAUAACAAAGAGAGCUCCCUGCAUUGCUGGGGCAGCCGUUGCCGUGGCUACAGGUACACAAUGUGAGGCUGACAGGUGGAGUGUACACAGUAGUGAUGGCGUCUGCAGGGGACAUGGACGAGCAGAACCUGCAGGAUCUCUACACCUGGGUGGACCGGAUCCCCCUGUCCAGACCCAAGAGGAACAUCUGCCGGGACUUCAGCGAUGGAGUGCUGACCGCAGAAGUAGUCAGAUUUUAUUUCCCCAAACUGGUGGAGAUGCACAACUAUGUCCCGGCCAAUUCUACCCAACAGAAGCUCAGUAACUGGACCAUCCUGAACCGGAAAGUCCUGAGUAAGCUGAACUUCUCUGUUCCGGAUGACGUGAUCCGUAAGAUCGCUCAGUGCUCGCCGGGUGUGGUGGAGCUGGUCCUCACUACGUUGCGGCACAAAAUCGAGGAGAGGCAGCAACAGAUCCAGAGCGAACAAGAAGUGACGAGUCCGCGCCAGGAGCAGCAGAACCACACAGACACAGGUUACUCCACAAAGCAGAAGAGUAAUGGAGCCGAAAAGGGAGACGCUGCAAGAUCUCCGCAGGGAUACGCUCAAGCCGCUCACCCAGACUCCAGUCUCCGUAUACAGCUGGCAGAGAAGGAGCGGGCGCUGAUGGCCUCCCAGGAAACCAUUCAGAUAUUACAGGCAAAGCUGCGGAGAAUGGAACAGCUGCUGCACCUGAAGAACGUCCGUAUAGAUGACCUGAGCCGCCGCCUGCAGGAGGCAGAGAGGAAGUGACCCCCAGGGGCCCGGCCCUCCCCCUGCCCCCGCCCUGUACAGCUCCUGCCUCACUAUCUUUAUAUAAA